AUGAAGGGCAACAAAGGACCUGUUGGUGAUAAAGGACCUGAAGGUGGCAAGGGACCUGGUGGAAAUUCUCAACCUAAAGGACCUAAUGGCGAUAAAGGGCUAAGCGGCGAGAAAGGAAUGAAGGGCAACAAAGGACCUGUUGGUGAAAAAGGACCUGAAGGUGGCAAGGGACCUGGUGGAAAUUCUCAACCUAAAGGACCUAAUGGCGAUAAAGGGCAAAGCGGCGAGAAAGGAAUGAAGGGCAACAAAGGACCUGUUGGUGAUAAAGGACCUAAAGGUGGCAAGGGACCUGGUGGAAAUUCUCAACCUAAAGGACCUAAUGGCGAUAAAGGGCAAAGCGGCGAGAAAGGAAUGAAGGGCAACAAAGGACCUGUUGGUGAUAAAGGACCUAAAGGUGGCAAGGGACCUGGUGGAAAUUCUCAACCUAAAGGACCUAAUGGCGAUAAAGGGCUAAGCGGCGAGAAAGGAAUGAAGGGCAACAACAAAGGACCUGAGAAGGUGGCAAGGGACCUGGUGGAAAUUCUCAACCUAAAGGACCUAAUGGCGAUAAAGGGCUAA